GUGACCCCUCCGUAGGUGUCCCUGGAGCGCGUGCUGUACUCGGAGCUCUUCCCGCCGCCUCCGUGCGCGGUGCCCGCGCGUCCGGCAGGCCGGAGCGCGGCGCGUCCGUGAAGCUGCCGGGCCGCGAGGGAUGCGGAGGCGGUGGAGAAGGGCGUUAGGAAGCGAUGCUUGAACAGAGUUGGAGAGCGAAGUGUCUUAUAAAGCGCCCCCGUGAAAUGCACGGUUGUCAGGUUCAAGUAGUGGAAAUUAAGUGGGCUAAUGUGAUUGUGGUAAACAGCUUAAGCUCGAGUGCGGUAAAUCAUCUCAAUAGUCACAUCUCCAUUUCUCAAGUUUCCCCAGAUCGACAGUGCUGCACUCUCCACUGCCAGCUCCUCAGAGGAGGCUGUAGCCUGGAAAAAGGAGCAGUCCCCGUUUCUGCGGGGCACCUGUGGAGUCGUUGGCACCUUCAGACCCCAAAAUAAAAGCCUCCAAAAGAGGCAGCGCUUUGCAUUUCAAGAUGGACCAAUUUGAAGAUGUAUCAGAUGGUGAAGUGGAUCAUGCUUUCUUUGACAGUGAUUUUGAGGAACACCAAAAGAAAGAUGAAGAAAAUGGUGAAUGUAUAGAGAAGGAAAGUACGAAGGCAGUUCUUUCAGACCCUGACUUGGUUUCUAAUUCAAAGGAUGAGAACUGUUCUGAAGAGGAAAGUGAAGAAAAGCAGAAAGAUUUGGUGAAGGAUCAAUGCCUAGAAAAUCUGACAGACUAUCCUGAGGAUGCUUCAUCUUUGUCUCUUUCUCCAGUUUCAGAGAACGCAGGUACAUCUGGAGCAACAUCUGCAGCAGAUAGGGGAACACAGGAGAAUGUUUCUGCUGGAAUCCCCAAAAUAGUUAAAGAAGGUGAAGAAGAUUAUUAUACAGAUGAAGAAGAUAGUAGUGAUGAUGGCAAAAAACAGAAGGUUAGACCAAAGUCGGCUAAACAAUCAAACAGCCUGAAAAAAACUAACAAAAAAUAUACUAAUAUCAGCUCUUCCUCAUCUUCCUCUUCCUCAUCUUCCUCAUCUUCCUCGUCCUCAAGCUCAGACACAGAUUGUUCUGAUACAGAUUCUGAUAGCUGUUUAUCAGAUUCGUCACAUUCUUCCUCGAAGAGGAAUGCUUGCAGCGUGGCUCUUCUGUCUCCAAAACAAAAAUUCAGAUCAGGAAUGAAGUCCGCAGAAGGAAAACCAAAACUUGGUGACUACUUGGAGGAGUCUGAAGACACAGUGACUGAUGUAACACCUUUGUCAACCCCAGACAUCAGUCCUAUCCAGUCAUUUGAACUUGCAGCAUCAAAUGAUAAGAAAUUAAAAAUAAAAAGACAGGAAAAUGUGAGCCAAGAACUAUAUGAUUCCGAGUUUGAUCGCAGAUAUAGUCGAAAAGUCUUGCAUGAUGCCAUGGACCUGAAUCAGCUUUUGAAAGCUUUUCUACAGUUGGAGAAGAAGGAACAACAAAAAAUAAUCAUUGAUCCGCCAUCUAAAGGAUCAAGGAAAAAUUACUCUUUCACAAAUGAAGAAGUAAGACAAAUUGAUCGGGAAAACCAAAGGCUGUUGAGAGAACUGUCCAAACAGUCUGCAAAGCCAAGAAGCAGAAGUGCAGCUCUGAAGAAAUCAGCUGUUCCCCCUCCUAAAUUGUACCACAGCGCCCUCAACAGGCAAAAGGAACAGCAAAGGAUUGAAAGAGAAAACCUGGCUUUUCUGAAAAGACUGGAAGCAGUGAAACCAACAGCUGGUAUGAAGCGUUCUGAACAACUGAUGGACUAUCAGCGCCAGAUGAGUUAUCUAAGUUCUUCACCAGCUGCAAGAAGAGGAAAGUCAUCUUUCAGCCAGCUUAGCCCUUCGAGAGGCACUUCAAGGGCAUCCAGUGUAUCAACUACAGCAAGCCAUAGGAACGAAAAACCUCUGUCCGAUUCAUCCAGUGGGGCGUUACAGAGACCUAAACCCACUAAUGUUCGUGCUGCUUGGUUAUAAGUGUGUUCUUUGCCUCACAGGCUGAGAUGAUCCUGAGAUUUCUAUUUCUAGUGCUUUUGUAAAUUCUCUGUGCAAGAAUCUCCUCUUCUGCAUUGUUUGGUGAUUAAAACGCAUUGCACAUGAA